UAAAAAUACAAAUAGACAUCGCUCACAUUCGAUUACUUAACUCAAAAUAAAUGAAAUUCCGUUUUUUAAGUGCGAGUAUGCCUUCUCAGGUCUCCCAGAUUGUAUGUUUAUAGUUUCAGUUUAGAAUGUGUCACUCCAGUCUUUGCUAUUUGUUAUUUGUGACUAGACCCAGAUUCACACAGUUGCCCUAAAUUGCUCAGUUCUUACACAGGGCAGGCUUUAACACAGUCCUAGAGCUCCACCCUCUCCAAAGACUUCCAGAGAUUCUCCAAAACCGAGUUCUACCUCACAGGCCUACAGUUUUCAUGAUGUGGAUCUUCCUGUCCCUGAUCUCAGUCCUCUUCACUGUCAAUUUCACCGUGUGUGACACUCAAAGCCAUGGGAUAUUCGAGCCAUACGAUCUGCUUUUUGAUAAUGCGGUGGAGGCGUAUUAUAAGCAGGACUGGCUGGCUGUGAUCCUGAACAUGGAAAGAGCUUUGCGGAAUAAAGCAGCGCUGCGUAAAAUCCAGACGCACUGCCGCGUAUCCUGCGCGAAUCACACCGCUUUCGGGGAUCCUUUCCCAGGUGUGGGUGUCCCGAUCCCAGGAACCGGGCCCGUGGAGGAUUUAGCGUUUUUCCAGAGGAUUCUCCAACGGGCCGAUUGUGUGAAUGCAUGUGAAAGCGAGAAACUGGGACCACCGACACUUCAUAAAGUCAGUGAGGCUAUAGAGCUGGAGUUCAAGAAAAGGUCGCCUUACAAUUACCUGCAAGUGGCUUACUUUAAGAUAAACAAGCUUGACAAGGCAGUGGCAGCAGCGAAUACAUUUUUCAAUGCAAACCCCGACCACGUAGAGAUGAAACAGAAUUUAGAGUACUACAGGAUGAUGGCUGGGGUGCAAGAGACGGAUUUCAAGGACCUGGAGGAGAGACCGCACAUGGCUGAAUUUUUAGAGGGCAAGAUUCAUUACAGUUCAGAAGAUUUUGCCCCAGCCAUCGAGCACUUUGAGGCCGCUGUCGAAGAAUAUUUCACCGCUUAUGAGGAAUUCAGAGUUCUCUGCGAGGGAUCGUUCAAUUAUGACGGUUACAACUACAUGGAGUACAGCGCUGAUCUCUUCCAGUCUAUGACAGAUCAUUACCUUCAUGCUCUGAACUGCAAGCAGCACUGCGCUGUGGAUCUGGCAUCCACCGUUGGAAGAGAGAAGCCUUUUGAAGAUUUCCUCCCAUCGCAUUUUAACUACCUUCAGUUUUCAUAUUAUAACAGUGAGAAAUACGAGCAGGCCAUUGAGUGUGCUAAAACAUACCUGCUCUUCCACCCUGAGGAUGCCGUCAUGGCUCAGAACCUAGCAUACUACUCCGCUGUUCUGGGAGAAGAUAAGGCCAUCAACAUUACAGCCAGAGAGGUUGUUAAGCAGCAUAUUAAGAGAUCUUUACUGGAAAAAGAGCUUCUUUACUUUGGCUAUGAGAUGUUUGGUAAAACCUUUGUUGAUCCAGACACAUGGACCCCUGAGAACAUCAUGCCCAAGAAACUAAGAGACAAACAAAAAACAGACAAAGAAACAGCCGCGAGGAUUACAGAGGAGAUCAGUAACCUGAUGAAAGAGAUCGAGACGCUUGUGGAAGAAAAGAGUAAAGAAUCAUCAGACCUGGCCAUGUUUGUGAAAGACGAUAUCAAUCCAGCCUCUACUCCAGAAACUGCUAACAAACGUCCGUUUGAUGACAUCACGAUAACCUUGACAUCCUCAGCCCUGAACGGCUCACAGAGGGUCGUCCUGGAUGGCGUAACCACAUCCGAUGAGUGCCAGGAACUUCAGCGCCUCUCCAGUACAGAAGCUAUUCAAAGUGGUUUUAAAGCAACUCUCUCCCCUCAUUCAGUGAGUGAGAUGUUUCAGGAUAUCUCGAUUCUCAAAGCCCUGCAGGAGAGUCUGGUUUCCUUGAUGAGUGCACGAUUGUUUUCUGACCUCAGUGAGAAGAUUCGUAAUGUUCUGGAAUCCUACUUUGUUCUGGAAUCACCCCUGUAUUUGUCCAGUUCAAACCUGGUCUGCCGAUCUGCAAUCGCAGAGAAACAAGAAGAGCGCACAGACUGUCUGCUUAUCUCAGAGCUCAACAGUUGUAUCAAAGAGCUGUCGGCAUACAGCGAUCAAGGCUACAGUGCCAUUUUGUACCUCAAUGAUGACUUUGAAGGGGGAGAUUUUAUCUUCACUGAGUCAGAUGCCAAAAGUGUCUCUGCAGUGGUGAAGCCUCAGUGUGGUAGAGUCGUGGGAUACAGAGCUGGUCCAGAGAACCUUCAUGGAGUGACCGCAGUUACCAAAGGCCAGAGGUGUGCUGUAGUGCUUCGGUUCACUCUGGAUCCUCAUCACAGUGAUAAGGAGCGUUUAGAAGUCGAAGAACUUCUGAAAAAGCUUUCCAGAUCAGUUGAAGCUGAUGUCCAGAAAACAGAAAUGGACAGUAACAUGAAAUCCUCUGAACAUGAAGAAACAGUUUCUGCUAAAACAACAGAAGAAGAGACAAUAAAAUCAAGCACAUCUACAGAACAUCCCAGCAAAGCUACGGAUGAAAACAAAACUGACAGCAAAGUGGUGAUAAAAAGUGAAAAACGAAAUGCAAAAGCAUCUAAAAAGAAAACAAAAACCCAAACAAAAGCUAAAGCAGGCAAAACAGUAAGUAAAGUGUCAGACAAAACAAAAACCACUACAGCAGAGAAAAAUAAAUCAAAAACAGCUAAGAAAAAACCUGUAACAUCAGAUGAAAAGAAGAAAGCAGGCAAAGCAACUGUUAAAAAUACUGCAAAGCCAAAGAGCACAGAACCAAAAGACUCUACAGCUGAAAACCACAAAGAUGAGUUAUGAGCCUCAUGCAGAAAAGGUUCUGUGUUUUAUUCUGAGUUUUUCUUUUGUUUUGUUUUAAUCAUUGAUGGAGGAGUACUGAUGGGUUUGUGUUUUUGUUUGUAUAUAAAAAAAAAAAAACUAAUGAUUUCGAAGUGCACACUUGACAAUCAAGUUGACUGUUGUAUUUUCUGUUUUACCUGAAUUAUAAUUAAAUAUUUUCUUGUCUCAGGAACCAAAA